AUGAAGGACAUCGGAAACGUCGCUCGAGGCUAUAAAGCCGCCAUCCAUAACCGCAAUGUCUCCUCCGAAGGCCGCCUGCACGCCGAAGAAGAGCUAAAGCGAAUCCAAUCCAACGAGGCCCCAGGCAAUGAGGCCGGUCUGAGCGAUGACGAAGAAAGGCAUAAUCGAAAUGUUGCGCGGGGAUUAAAAGCGGCGACGCAUAAUCCAAAUGUCACAGAUGUGGGGAAGCAGCAGGCUAGGGGUCGGUUGGAGAGCAUGGGGGAGCAUCCUGAGCAGCCGGCUGAUUAG